AUGGCCCCUUACGAAGCACUAUAUGGGCGGAAGUGUAGGUCCCCGAUCGGUUGGUUUGAGCUCGGGAAAGCAGAUUUGCUAGGUCCCAAUCUAGUCCAACAAGCAAUUGAAAAGGUUAAACUUAUUAGAGACCGGCUUCAUACAACACAAUAUCGGCAGAAGUCUUAUGUCGAUGUUCGACGACAGAACUUAGAGUUUGAUGUAGAAGAUUGGGUUUUCUUGAAAGUGUCGCCAAUGAAGGGCAUCAUGCGAUUCAGAAAGAAAGGGAAGCUCAGUCCUAGGUACGUUGGAUCGUAUAAGAUUAUUCAAAAGAUCGGUAUGGUGGCAUACGAGCUUGAUUUGCCUUCAGAAUUGGAAGCAGUCCAUCUUGUAUUUCAUAUAUCUAUGUUGCGGAAGUGCAUUGGAGAUCCUUCAUGUAUUAUGCCCAUUGAAAAAAUUUGUAUCGCUGAAGAUUUACCUUAUGCAGAGGUACUAAUAGCGAUUUUAGAUCGGCAAGUAAGAAAGCUUCGAACUAAAGAUGUAGCUUUUGCGAAAGUGUUGUGGAGAAGCAACAACGUUGAGGAAAUGACUUGGGAAGCGGAAGAGGAAAUGAGGAAGGACUACCCCCAACUGUUUAUGACUUAA